CCUUUGCUCUCUUACUUGAUCAUCCAUGUCCAUCCUCUUCACAGCUGCCUAAUGGGACCAAGAAGGACCUUUAGAAAACCCUCUGGUUGGAGCCAUGCAUAGCAGAAACCACAGAAACAGUUUCUGUUCUGUGUCAUGCAGCUACAGAUCUUCCUGGGGUGUGACAUGUGCAUGUUCAAAACCUCCUGGUGACAGUAAGCAGAAAAUAAGCUCAAGAAAGCCUGUUCCUGUCAGCCAGCUGGACAUCAUCAUGCAGUGCACCAGAGCUCAUGCAUUGAUAUCAACAUGCACCGAGGAGCAUAUUUAUGCCACAGAACAUUUCCCAGGCAGCAGUGGCAUAGUGGCUGGAGGAGCACAGAUGAAUGAAAAAAGCUACCCUACAGUACAAAGAUCUGAGCCUACCAUCACACUAAUGUCUACUUUCACUGAAGACAUCCUACAAUACAUCAAGAGCAGGUGCAGACACAAUGUGAGUGAGGAGGAAAAGAAACAAAGCAUCACUAUCCUGAGUUUGGCUCUCUGGUGCCAGCCAGGACCAGUGUGGAGAUAUUUGGGCAUAGGUUACCAAAACAUUUCACCAGAAGACAGAGUGGAGCAUUACUGGGGUCUCAGGUUAGUGGGAUGUGAUGAAAGCUGUGGGGUUGGCAGGACUGACCACAAGAAAGACUUAGAGGAGGAUCUCUUUCCACACAACUUGCUGUCUCCUAUUUCCCAUCAGCAUAUUGUGCCUUUGAACUAAAAUACAAUAUACAUUGGAAUUUCAAAAUGGGAAGAGCAGUAGGAACCUACAAGGAUCCUACCUCACCCCUUCUAACAAUUCCAACUCUGAUACAUUAGUAUUGAAAGUAACCCAUGGGAGGAAAGGAAAAUUGCAAUGAUAGGUGAUGCUAAUUAUCUCCCUGAGGAUGCUUUACACAAGUAGGGUCAAGGUCAUAUUGGAAAAAUAGUUCUUACAUAUAGCCUCUGUUGAAACACCAAGGUUAAUAACCUUAGAGAGUAUUUAUUGUAUCCCUUAAGCUGAUAAAAUAGACACAAACCCAUACAAUGUUCACAUAAAACUUCUGUGCAAAUAUGGCCUCCUAUUCAGAAUGGUAUUUAGAAUAUGAUUAUUUAUUUAGA